UCUCCAUAAGCAAUUGGCCGCCAAGCCGACAUUAAGGAAACAUUAUUAUCCAUAUGCUUGUGCACUUGACAGGCUGCUUUCCUCGUGUGACUUUUAUAAUUGGGACUUCUAUUUCUGCAGAUGAACAUGCUCCGAUUGCGAAGCACGAUAGUCCACACCUGGAGGGGAUUAACAACAACUCGCCACUGCUGUGUGGAGGUAAAAAACGAGCCCGUCCUGGACUUUAAUCCUGGAAGCUCAGAGAGGAAGGCACUAGAAAAGGCCCUGCAAGAGCUCAAAGGGAAAACAGAGGAGGUUCCUUGUGUGGUAGGAGAUGAACACAUCUGGACCAAGGAUGUUCGAUAUCAGGUGUCGCCUUUUAACCAUUCUCACAAGGUGGCCAAGUUCUGCUAUGCUGAUAAGGUGCUACUGAACAAGGCCAUCAAUGCCUCCCUUGCUGCGCGGAAGGAGUGGGAUCUCCGACCCGUCCAGGACAGAGCACAAAUUCUGUUCAAAGCUGCUGACCUGAUCAGUGGGCCUUACAGAGCAGAGCUGCUGGCAAAAACAAUGAUUGGCCAGGGGAAAACAGUGGUCCAGGCUGAGAUAGACGCUGCAGCUGAACUGAUUGACUUCUUUCGCUUCAAUGCCAAGCAUGCCAUUGACUUGGAGCGUCAACAGCCAUUAAGUGAGGGUAGCAGCACAAACACUGCUGUGUACCGGGGUCUGGAGGGAUUUGUUGCUGCCAUUUCACCUUUCAACUUCACAGCUAUUGGUGGUAACCUGGCUGGUGCACCAGCUCUGAUGGGUAAUGUUGUCCUCUGGAAACCCAGCGAUACUGCUAUGUCAGCGAGCUAUGCCGUCUACAGGAUUCUCAGAGAGGCAGGACUCCCCCCAAAUAUCAUUCAGUUUGUUCCGGCAGAUGGGCCUGUGUUUGGUGACACUGUGACAGCAUCCGAACACCUGGCAGGCAUCAACUUCACUGGUAGUGUCCCGACCUUUAAACGUCUCUGGAAACAGGUGGCAGAAAAUCUGGACCAAUAUCGGAACUUCCCACGCAUUGCUGGAGAGUGUGGGGGAAAGAACUUCCACUUUGUUCAUAAAUCAGCAGAUGUUUCCAGCGUGGUAUUGGGAACAAUCCGCUCUGCAUUUGAGUAUGGUGGCCAAAAAUGUUCUGCCUGCUCUCGCAUGUAUGUACCUGACAACCUGUGGCCAGCAGUCAAGGAGCAGCUCCUGGAGAUCCACAAGCAGCUGAAAUUGGGCAAUCCUGUUGAGGAUUUUGGGACAUUCUUUUCAGCCGUUAUUGAUGAUAAGUCAUUUGCUCGCAUCAAGAAGUGGUUAGCUCAUGCACAGUCUUCCCCGAACCUAACUGUCCUUGCUGGAGGUCACUGUGAUGACAAGCAUGGCUACUUUGUGGAGCCUACCAUUAUUGAAACAAAGGACCCACAGGAUCCCAUCAUGAAGGAGGAGAUAUUUGGCCCGGUUCUGACAAUUUAUGUUUAUCCUGGUGACCGUUAUAAAGAUGUCCUACAGCUCAUUGACAGCACCUCUCCGUAUGGCCUAACUGGGUCAGUGUUUGCACAGGACAAAAACAUCAUAGCUGAAGCGACAAAGGCACUGAGGAAUGCAGCAGGCAACUUUUACAUAAAUGACAAGUCAACAGGAUCCAUAGUGGCACAGCAGCCAUUUGGUGGCGCUCGUGCCUCAGGUACCAACGACAAGCCUGGUGGACCACACUAUAUUUUGCGCUGGACCUCUCCACAAGUGAUUAAACAGACACACGCUCCACUGACUGAAUGGAAAUAUUCUUACAUGUCAUGAGCAGGGAUGACAAAAUAAAAAAAAAAAGCUCAUGAAACUUGAUUCUGCCUACUUAACUACUGACCUGGAGGACUGCACAAAGGACAAAUGACUACUUCAUGACUACAAUAGAAUUUUGGAAAUCUAGAGAAAGAGGAAGAAUCAACUGAAUCAACUGUCUUCUAAAAAAUCUCCAUUUGCUUUUUCAAUAGUUUACCUGUUUGCACAUCAUUUUCCGAAUGGUUGCAGACUGCAUCUGUAAGCUCACCCGCUGCUGUAAUGGGAUGUAGUCCGCACCUCCGAGGCUGCACCAUAUUCUGAGUGUAUCCCAGAAGCCACAGCUUGUUCCACAAGAUUAUUGUUAACCUCUCAGAGGCCACACCAUAUCGUGAUGGCUUGCAGCUUCAUUCCCAGAGUUGCUUGCUCACUUUUUAGAGUUUUGCUUACAUUUCAUACAAGAUCUCAUCUUUCCGCUUGAGCCCUCUGAAGCAUCAGUCAGUUCAUGGGAGGCUAAUAUAUCUGCAUUCUUUUAGCUCAAACAGGCUGUCAGGUACAUGCAUAGUUACUUUCUUUUAUAUUUUUAAGCACAACAAAAGGAUAUUUUAACUUGGUUGAAAACAUACUUUUACAUUGCAACAAUAUGAAUAUCGGCUGAGUUAGUUUAUAGCUUUAACUGAAAUGAAGUACAGCUCUGUAAGUUUGAAGUCCUUCAAUGACUACACUGUACUUUUUAGAACUAUAAUGUACAACACUUUUCAAGGACUUUGCAUUCUAGUUCAUUUGUUAAUUUAUUAUUGAAAUUUUAAAUCCGUCCACUUUUGCUUAUUAUGAUUUGGCUGCAGUUAAAAAGUAGUCACUUUUGUUACAUGCUCUCUUAUUCUAUAAUUGUGUAUUUGAAACUUGUUAUGAGUAAACUAUAGUCCAGGAGAAAUAUUGUCUUGAAUAUUAUAGCAAAAUAUCUUUCCUGCCAUGUGCCUUCAUAUCCAAAACUACUUGAUGAUCUAAACCCAAAUAAAUACACAAGCUUAGAUUGUGGGUAAUAGUGUGAUUUUGUACAGUGUUUAGAGGACUAAUGCGUCAAAUAUAACAUACGUACCUUGAAAGGAAGAGUACGUCUUGAUGAGGAGAAUGCUUAUUUUCAAUUAAGAAAUGGAUCAGUUCUUGAACACCGAAAUCAGCACUAAGACUUUAACUGACGUUGAAGAAGCAGAUUGGCUCUUGUAUAGCAUUUUUAAAACAAUUACGGUUGUUUUUAAUCUAUGGGCUAGAAAUUGAUGAUUAACUGCAAAAUAAAAAAACGGAAAAAUGGCCCUUAUUAAAAGAACAGACCUUUGUGAGCAGCAUUGCCUUGGCUUGAAGGGUCACUAUCACAUUAAUGAAUAUUAUGGUCUUUGAAGGUGGAAGCUUUCCUAUAUUUCUAGCAAGGAAACUUAACUUUUCUAGGGCCAGGAUGGCUUCCAAAAUAGUGACAAAUUUAAAAGAGCACAAAAAAAACAGUAAUCCGUAGGAAGCAAAGCCUAAGUGGUGUCCACAUGUUCAGCGUGCCUGUUACAUAUAUUUUAAAUAUCUAAAGUCUAACUUAUACAAUACAGUAUUGAAGAGAAUUUUAAACAUUGAAAUGGUACAAGCAAAUUAUUUUUUUUGAAUGUUUUUAUUACUUUGUCAAUUUUAAAUUUCUGUUAAAAAAAUCAAUGAAUGUCUAGAAUGAUCACUGAGCUUUGUAUUUUACUUAAAUAUAAGUGUUAUUUUAUUGGAAUAUUCUACUGUAUUACUAAAUACUAAUCUUAAAUUUUAAAUAAAAAAAAUAACAAAACCUGCA